AAAAAAUUGCGAGGUUAGAAAUUUUAUCGUAGGUUAAGCUCUUAUCAGAAGUGUUUUAUUUGAUAAAAUAGCAAGUUUACUAAUUGUCUUGCGUGGUGUUCAGUUUGAUCAAGUUAUACCUGUUAAUUAGCAAAAAAUGAGUCUCUCCUGUCUCAUGCGAAGAACCGCUAUCAACCUGUUUGAUAAUCAUGGGCACUCACUCCUUCGAGCAACCAUUUCGCCUGCUUUAGCCAACAAUAGUUUUCUUCAACAGAAGAAUGGCUCUAGUCUGCCAGUUUCUAAAACUGCUGUAACCCGUUUUUCAACGAGCAGUGUUCGUUUGUCAGCGCAUGGUGAUCACUCCAAACUGUGGACUGUUGAACGAAUGGUCUCAGCUCUUCUUCUUCCUGUAGUUCCUGCGGCGUUCAUUGCACCCAAUUUCGGCACUGAAAGCAUGCUCGCCAUUUUGAUGGUUAUGCACACACAUUGGGGCAUAGAAGCAAUUGUUAUUGACUACGUAAGGGCAAGCAUCUUCGGACCUGUCAUCCCGAAAAUCGGAGUGGGUCUCGUGUAUGUGUUCUCUGUGGCCGUUUUAGCUGGUCUGCUCAAUGUAAUAUGCAACGACAUCGGAAUUGUAGGAUCACUAAAACUGCUCUGGAGUGUAUGAACAACGUAACUGGAGGCACUUGUACAUUAAUUUGUUGUUGAUUCAGUAUUCUUAUUUCAAUCCUGUACCAUUGAUUGGCAGGAAUUUGAAACUAAAGGAGGCAUAGUUUCAAGUUUAUUUUCGUAGGAAGCAUUACCGUGCUUUCGAUAAGUCUAAAAUUCCGCUGAGUGAAAGUAAAUAUAGUCUACAAGACUAUAAUUUAUCAAGAACUCUGCACUUUUUAGUCAAAUUUAGGUUUUUUUGGUUUUUAUUGGGCGUGUAAAAUGUUCAAGUAACAUUAAUAGUUCCUCAAAAUUUUGUUUAAGUGUUACCUAAAUUUUUUCAAAAUUUCAUCUCACUCAGAAUUUACUUUUAAACCUGUCCUCUCUCAAAUGAGAAGUAAUUCAAUUGUAUGAGCAUCAGAUCCCUAUGUUUGAAAUGUACCUGAACUGUCUUUUCCUUUGCCUCUCAGAUGAUAAUUAUCAGAGAACGAAGAUUUGAAAGACGUAACUUAUGAUCAACUUAAUAAAUUGAAAGUCCUCAAUGAGACACAAUUUUUUCGCUUUUGUUUAAACUCCGUCUUGAAUGUUAAUUUUUGUCACAAGAGAUUGAAGUUUUAGUAAAAAAAUGUAAGAAAUAUGUACAGAAUCAUUACUACAGAGAUAAGAUGAUUGUCUCGUUUUUUGACUAUUAUUAGGUAAACAACCAUAAGUCUAUCAUAAGUUCUGUCGUUGAAAACGAGUAAUGUCAAUCUUAGUCAGAAUUUUACCAUCUGUCCCAUGUGAUUAACUGAUUAAUGUAAGGUCUCAACGACAUUGUAGUUUAACUCGUGUUGUUUUAGAGUUUAGUGAAGCUUUGCAUCAAAGCUCAGCUUGAAAAUUAAACAAUCUUUAUCUGCCUUUGAA